CCCAUAUCAUUGCGCCAGACAACAACUCCUGCAUAGGUGCAACGCACCACUUAUCGUCUUAAGAACCUUUACCAAACCGCAGACCUGAUAUGUCUGUCAACUACAUUCUCGAUGACUCGGCCGUGGGCUUCUCGGUGUACAAGGUUGUGAUGCAGCCCGACACCAUUGGCUCUCGGUUGAAGGAAGUCCAGAAGAGUGUUACUGAUCUUGCCAAGUUCGGAAAACUGGUUGAGCUCGUCACUUUUGUUCCGUUCCAGAGCACCCAGCAUGCCCUCGAAAAUCAAAACGUCUUAUCUGAGGGAAUAUUGUCCGACUACCUCAAGGCUACUUUGGAAAGUGCACUCCCAAAGGCGGGCAAGAAGAACAAGAUCACCUUGGGCCUGCUCGACAAGACACUGGCUGGAAGUAUCAAGGAAGAAUUCCCCGGAGUCAACUGCGAAACUGCGGAUACCAGUGAAGUUGUUGCGGAUCUGCUCCGUGGAGCUCGUGAGCACGGAUCGAAGCUGGUCAAGAAGCUGAAUGAGGGGGAUCUCGAGCGCUCGCAACUCGGUCUCGGCCACGCGUACUCGAGAGCCAAAGUGAAGUUCAGCGUACAGAAGAACGAUAACCACAUUAUGCAAGCGAUUGCGACUCUGGAUCAGCUCGACAAAGCAUGUAACACUUUCGGCAUGCGAGUUCGCGAGUGGUACGGAUGGCACUUUCCUGAAUUAAUCAGGAUCGUUUCGGAGAACCAGGCCUACGCCCAGCUUGUCUUACAUAUUGGUAACAAGUCGACUCUUUCAAUGGACAGUCUUCAUGAGCUUGCAGCUCAAGUGAACGAUGACGAAUCCAUUGCUACCGAUAUCAUCAACGCCGCACGCGUGAGCAUGGGUCGGGAUCUGUCAGAGGGUGAUAUGGAACACCUCAUGCUGUUUGCGAACCGCGCCGUCAAGCUCUAUGCAUACCGCAAGAGACUAGCUCUGUAUCUUGGCAAGAAGAUGGGCAUCGUUGCACCAAACUUAAAGGCACUUAUGGGUGAGAUCAUCGGUGCCCGUCUGAUCUCCAAGGCCGGAAGUUUGACGAAUCUGUCGAAGAUGCCUGCCUCAACCGUACAAAUUCUUGGUGCCGAGAAGGCUCUUUUCCGCGCCCUCAAGACCAAGGGCAACACCCCCAAGUACGGUAUCAUUUACCACUCUUCAUUCAUCGGCCGAACUGGCACCAAAAACAAGGGUCGGAUCUCGAGAUACAUUGCCAACAAGUGCGCAAUGGCUUCGCGUAUCGAUAACUUCUCUGAGUUUCCUAGCUCUAAGUUCGGAGAAGCCCUGAAGGCACAGGUAGAGGACCGCAUGGAGUUCUAUACUACUGGAAAGGCACCUAUCAAGAACUCGUUGGUCAUGGCACAAGCAAUGGACGCAGUUCUAGGGGACAUUAACGUUGAGGACCCAACAGCCGGCGGCGUAGAGGAUGUCGAGAUGGUUGACGGGGUUACAUCUGGUCCUCUUGAACAGGAACGCCGCAAGAAGAAGGACAAGUCAGAGAAGAAGGAUAAGUCAGAGAAGAAAGAUAAGAAGAAGAAGAGAAAGUCUGAGGGUGGCGAGGAGAUCGAGAAGAAGAAAAAGAAGAAGUCCAGAGAUUCGAUAUAAAAACUCUUUCUGAAUUAUUUCUUACGACGGCGCAUUUGGGUGCACAUCUGGCUAGGCGUAGAAAGGCGUUUUGACAUAAGGGCACGGUCUGUACAAGAUGAAUGGUUAUGUUUGUUUUCUAUCCAUGGUCUUGUUCGACAUGAAGUAGUCCAGUGGGAAUGGGCAUCGUAUCUCAUGU